GGGCGGUCUCAGGAAAGUAAAUCGCGCGGCCAGCACGUCUCAGCCUCACCUGCCCCUACACCUGCUCCUGCACCUGCGCGUUUCACCUAGCAGGGCGGACGCAGAUUCAAAGGGUGACGGGUGACGCUUGCUCGGCUCAUCAUGGCCUACCCGGGAUACGGAGGAGGGUUCGGAAGUUUUAGGGGUCAGAUGCCAGGGAUGCUAAUGGGACAGCCAGUGCUGGGCCCAGGGCCACAUGUGUUCCCUGGUGAAUACUCCAGACACCUAGCUUAUCCGGACAGUUAUUCGGCAGGAGACCCCAUGUGGACAUACUUCACCGCUGUUGCCGGACAGGAUGGUGAAGUGGACGCAGAAGAACUUCAGAAGUGUCUGACACAGUCUGGAAUUACUGGGACUUACUCUCCCUUCAGUUUGGAAACCUGCAGAAUUAUGAUUGCCAUGUUGGAUAGAGAUUACACAGGAAAAAUGGGAUUUAAUGAAUUUAAAGAACUUUGGACGGCUCUUAAUGCCUGGAAACAAAACUUCAUGACUAUUGAUCAAGACCGAAGUGGCACAGUAGAACCUCAUGAAUUGAAUCAAGCCAUUGCUGUUAUGGGUUACAGAUUGAGUCCUCAAACGUUAACUGCUAUUGUUAGACGUUAUAGUAAGAAUGGCAGAAUCUUCUUUGAUGAUUAUGUUGCUUGCUGUGUGAAGCUUCGAGCUUUGACAGAUUUCUUUAGCAAAAGAGACCACUUGCAAGAAGGGGUUGUGAAUUUUAUAUACGAUGAUUUUUUGCAGGGCACUAUGUCAAUUUGAAUGCCAAGAAUUUGACAGCUAAAGAAAUACUGCAAAUUUUUCUGCUUGGAAGAAAUGAACUGGACUACUUCAAAUUAAAGUUUUUGGGACGUUGCCAUGUUUCUACCUGUUAAAUCUCUUUCCUUUAUAUUAGAUAUCUAAUAUAUAUAAUAUACUAUGUUUUCAUUUUAGCACACAGUUCAAAGCAAUAAAAGAAAUGUUUUGUAUUUAGAAUGUUAUUGCUUUUAGAAAAGUUAUCACUUUACAGAUAUCUGCAUAAUGUCAUCAAAUAUUAGUAUAUGAUUAAUUGAUAUAAAUGUCUCUUAACCUUAAUUUUUAACAAUAUAAACCUAGAGGAAUGUAUUUAUAAGAUUAUAUAAGAAGCCAAAUGAUGAAAGUCUAGAUAAAAUGAAUUUAUACUUAUCUGAAGGUUACACAUUUUACUAUUAAAUUUUGUUUGUAAUUGUUGGUGUUUGAGGGUGAGCUGGAAGGGUAACCCUGGAUUUUGUGCCACAUCCAUAAUAGGGUUUGUUCUUGCUCACAUAAUCAGAGAACAGAAACUCACUUGUUUUUAACAGUGAAGAAGGAAACUAUAGUUUCUAAAAUUUUAUCUUAAUUGCCUUCGGUGGAUCAUAAAAUAUAGUGAAAUAAGACUACAGGAGGCAUCGUUUUUCCUUUUUUAUUUUUUACGUUGUAUAUUUCUCUUCAUUAUGUUUUGUUAUCUUCUAUGAAAAAAAAAUUCUGAAUAAACAACUCUUCUCUCUGCUCUUUUUUCAUUAGUGAAAACAUUGAUAGCCUAAAAUGGCAUCUUUUUCUAAACCUCAAUUUUCUGGAAAUGAUAUUUUUAAUGAAAUGUCAACAUUUAAAUUUCUGUUAAACUUAGUUGAUGUUUAUACAUAAUGCCAACUGUUUACAAAGAUAAAAAAAUCAAGUAAUAUACCUCUUUGUUUAAAUGUGCAGAACUUACAAAUUUGACUUUCUUGACAACAUCUGGUAGUUUUGGCGUUAAAAAACUAAUAAGUCUUUUGAGCGCAUCUGUGUAGUGUGGCUUGCGGAGCAUGAUAGGCACCCCAGCACCAUUUCUUAGUGGUAUGACCAUGGAAACUUCAAAGUGGAGUCAUCAGGACAUUAGCAUGUAAGAUCCCUGGUAUAAGUAGUUACACUUAAUCCAGCCCUCUUUUUGGCAAACACCUUAAGUCUUUGUUAAUGAAGAUUUAAUAAACCACAUAUUUUUUUUAUUCUAUAACUGAAUAUCUUCUCCAGCUUGAAGGUGAAUACAGUAGUCCCCCCUUAUCUGGGGGUGGGGGAGAUAUGUUCCAAGACCUUCAGUGGAUGCCUGAAUCCGUGGAUAGUACAUAACCCUAUAUAAACUGUUUUUUCCUAUACACACAUACCUAUGAUAAGGUUUAAUUUAUUUAAAUUAGGUACAGUAAGUGGUUAAUAGUAAUAAUAAAAUAGAACAUUAUAAUAAUAUACUGUAAUAAAAGUUAUGUGAAUGUGGUCUCUCAAUAUAUCUUCUUGUACUGCAUAUACAGUGUAAGUACGCCAGACAAAGGGAUGAUUCGCACCCCAGGAGGUAUGGGGUGGGAUGGCUCAAGAUUUCAUCACACUACUGAGAACAGCAUGCAGUUUAAAAUUUAUGAAUUUCUGGAAUUUUCCAUGUAAUAUUUUCGUACCACAGUUGACCUCAGGUAAAUGAAACCAUGGGUACAGGGGCACUACAGUACAAAUUGAUGUAAUUUUAGUAUGACUGGUGACCAAAUUAAUAUAUAAUUGUAUAAAACUAUUUCUUAAAAAAUGAAGGAUGAAUAAGAAUAUCUUGAAAAAAACUUACAAACUUACAGAAUUUUAAAUCAACUUUCACUUUUAAAACUCCCGGAAGCGAAAUAGUUAUAGUCAUUUAAUAUUGAUAAUUUUAUAUAAUUGUCAAAUUCAUUUGUUUUUUUAUUCACAUAAAAAUACAUAUGUGAAUAAGUAAUCCAUAUAAUUCUGUCCUCUGGAUGUUAAUUUUUUUCUUGCACAUAUGUUUGAUAAUGUGAGAGAAUGAAUGUUAACUGAGCCAUAAAAAAUACUUCUAAAUAGAAGUAUUGUAGGAAAAAGCUAAUGUAAACACACUGUGUAUCAUUCACAUUGAAUCAUUGAAUAAGGGUGAUAAUAUGACUCAGCAGCCUAUACUCUUAAAACCCAGCUUAUAUAUAGGUGGUUGAGUUACUGUACUGUGCUAAGGUCAAUUAUAAUUUUAUUUGCUUGGAGGCUCAUAGCUGUGGUAAAACUUUAACAUAUGGUAUCUUUCAUGUAAGUUUCUGCCAAAUGACACAUUGUAUUAGAACUUCACACAGUUCUCUAACUCAUCCUUUGCCAAAGGUGUUCCUGUGACUUUUGGUCACAGGCCAUCUGUGAGAAUGAGCUUCCAUGGCUAGACAUAGUUGGAGAAUUCUCAGGGAGCAUAAGCCCAAGGUACACAACAUCCUGUUCAUUUUAUUUGACCCAGUUUUUUUCCAAACUCUUGGACACAGAACCCCUUUCUCUAGCAAAAAUAAUGGUCCAACCAAUCCAACUUUAGGGUGAAACAAAUCUUUUGCACUUUACAUAAUCUUAUAAAGACAUUAGGCAUAGAGAAUAUUUUACUGGGACUUUUAUACAGAAAUACAAUUUACUUUUUCGAUGUUUUAAGAUAAUGUAAACAAACAUUCAUCCCUACAGUAAAAAUUAAAUAGUAUGAUAAACAUGACUGGAUUAUUAAUAUAGUAUGGUGGUUUGUACUGGUUAAUUCAUGCCCGGUUUUCUUAUGUUGUAAAUCAUUGAAUAAUGUACACUCUUAAUGUCUAAGUGCUUUUAUUUAUACAGUAAACAUUUCCAUGUCAUUUUGAGAAUUUUUUAAUAAACAUUCAAAUAGCU